CUCCCCACCUUUCCCCCUUUUUUUAUUCUUCCCACUGGGCCGGUGGCACCAUGACGGCAUCUCCCGACUACUUGGUCAUCCUCUUUGUGACCACGUCUGGAAACAACGGGUCAAGGCUGGGCUCGGAUGAGCGAGAGCUGCUCCAGCUCCUGUGGAAAGUGGUCGACCUGAGGAGUAAGGAGCUGGGGCACCUGCAUGAUGUGCUGGUCCGGCCUGACCAUCUGGAGCUGACAGCUGAGUGCCAGGAGAUCACCCAGGUGGAUGUGGAGAGCCUGACACUGGCACCACCGCUGGAGCAGGCUUUGAGACAGUUUAAUCAAUCUGUGAGCAAUGAAUUGAACAUUGGUGUAGGUACUUCGUUCUGUUUCUGUACUGAUGGGCAGCUGCACAUUAGGCAAGUUCUGCAUCCUGAAGCUUCCAAGAAGAAUAUCUUGCUGCCUGAAUGCUUCUACUCCUUUUUUGACUUGCGUAAGGAAUUCAAGAAGUGUUGCCCUGGCUCACCUGAUGUUAGCAAAUUGGAUGUUGCAGCCAUGAUAGAAUAUUUAAAUCUUGACAAGAACAGUCCAGUGUUUCCCUAUGGAGCCUCUCAAGUUGAAGAUAUGGGGAAUAUUAUUUUAACGCUAAUAUCUGAACCAUACAAUCACCGAUUUUCAGAUCCAGAAAGAGUAAACUACAAAUUUGAAAGUGGGCCAUGCAGCAAGAUGGAACUUGUGGAUGACAAUGCUGUUAUCCGAGCAAGAGGAUUGCCUUGGCAGUCAUCUGACCAGGACAUAGCAAGAUUCUUCAAAGGCCUAAAUAUUGCCAAGGGAGGUGCUGCUGUCUGUCUUAAUGCCCAAGGUAGGAGGAAUGGGGAGGCUCUUGUGAGGUUCGUAAGUGAAGAGCAUAGAGAUCUAGCACUACAAAGGCACAAGCAUCACAUGGGAAAUCGAUACAUUGAGGUAUACAAGGCAACAGGCGAAGACUUCCUUAAAAUUGCAGGAGGUACUUCCAAUGAGGUUGCACAGUUCUUGUCAAAAGAAAACCAAGUGAUCGUCAGGAUGCGAGGUCUUCCUUUCAACGUUACAACAGAAGAAGUGCUGACAUUCUUUGGCCAACACUGCCCUGUAACAGGAGGAAAGGAAGGAGUCCUGUUUGUCACAUACCCUGAUAGCAGGCCAACAGGGGAUGCCUUUGUAUUGUUUGCUUGUGAGGAAUAUGCACAAAAUGCACUGAAAAAGCAUAAGGACUUGCUGGGAAAAAGGUACAUCGAACUCUUCAGGAGCACUGCAGCAGAAGUUCAGCAGGUGCUGAACAGGUACUCUUCCACGCCUCUCAUUCCUCUCCCAACACCUCCUAUUCUUCCAGUAUUACCUCAACAAUUUGUGCCUCCCACUAAUGUCAGAGACUGCAUACGUUUGCGUGGUCUUCCCUAUGCUGCUACUAUAAGGGACAUCCUGGAGUUCUUGGGGGAGUUUUCUACAGAUAUUAGGACCCAUGGAGUUCACAUGGUACUAAAUCACCAGGGACGUCCAUCGGGAGAUGCUUUUAUUCAGAUGAAAUCUGCAGACCGAGCUUUUCUGGCUGCACAGAAGUGUCACAAGAAGACUAUGAAGGACAGAUAUGUUGAAGUCUUUCAAUGCUCUACUGAGGAGAUGAACUUUGUAUUAAUGGGGGGCACUUUAAAUCGAAAUGGCUUGUCCCCACCACCAUGUAAGUUACCAUGCCUUUCACCCCCUUCCUACUCCUUUCCGGCUCCCACUGCAGUUGUGCCAACAGAAGCUGCUCUGUAUCAGCCAUCUAUGCUCCUGAACCCACGAACACUCCAGCCCUCCACGGCGUACUACCCUGCUGGGGCUCAGCUCUUCAUGAACUACACAGCGUACUACCCUAGUAUGCAACAGAAGAUGGACUUGUGCACACAAGUGAUCCAGCCAGGAAAGUGUCCAAAGAAUGGAUCUGCCUUUAAAGGUCCCAGCAGUUAGACUUCCUUAGAGAAGAUAAAAAAACAUCCUGUGCUGGAGGAGACUGCACCCAGAGGUUCAAACCCAGCCUGGUCUCCCAGUCCCAGGCAGGCUGGGUCUCCCUUCUGCACACUGUCACCAGUUGCAGCUGCCCUGCAGGUUCAGUAA